CAAUCAACGGCCACCCAAAGUACUCAUUUCCUCAACACCAUUAUUAUCUGCAGCCCAGAAUCUCAAGAUUACUGCUUUACUGUGUGACUACCUGGAUCCCCAGGACACGGCUAACUAUUCAUCCUUCUUGGCGAUAUGUCACACUGUUGGAACUUCCUAAAGCUGGCCGCAAGAAGGGUGCAUGGAAUACGUACAGUUACUAUUUAUUUGGAAUGAUAUCCUUUAGCUGCCACUCGCUCACGUGCACUACGAUAUCGGCCGUUUAUGGGUACGUCGGUGAUUGUAGGAACUUACUUGGGUUACCUACUACUGACUGACAAGGAGCAACCACCAGAACACUAUCCGAACACGAUCAAUGCUACCAUAGUACGCCGACUUCCCCUGAAUGCUACCAGUCGGUUAAUGUGCUGGGUUGCCGAGUGCAGGAUUCCUGUUCCUCUUCGGUCAUUAGUCUACAAAACCUAUUCCACCAUUUAUGCCUGCAAUCUGGACGAGCUGAAGGACCGUGAUUUGUCAAGCUAUCCUUCUUUAUCCGACUUUUUUACUCGAGCGGUGAAUGAAGCCUAUCGCCCGGUGGAUCAGGAAGCAAAUUUGGUUAGUCCUGCUGACGGACAGGUCUUACGCUUCGGUACUUUUGAUCCGACUCACGACGUCCUUGAACAGAUCAAGGGCGUGAAUUACUCCCUCAAAGAAUUUCUCGGUACACCACCCUCGACUACCAGACAAAAGGAUCGACAGUUGUACCAAUGUGUAAUAUACCUCGGCCCCGGUGAUUGCCACCGGUUUCUUAGUCCCACAGACUGGACUGUGUCUACAAGGCGUCACUUUCCAGGCAAGCUCCUGCCCGUCAAUCCGUCUGUGGCUUCUCGGCUUCCUGGACUUUUCCCUCUCAACGAACGUGUCGUAUAUGUGGGCAGCUGGGCCUACGGAUAUAUGUCGUUGUCCGCCGUUGGUGCUGUCGGAGUCGGUGGGAUUCGUAUUCCUUGGGAUCCGUCUCUGACUACCAACAACAAGUUCCACUGCAAUAUUCGGAAUCGUCGUGCUGGAUCAGAAAUCAGUCCGUUUAUUGAACUGAACCUUUCCGAAGCAUCCACUGUCCGAAUUAAGGGUAGUGAAUUUGGAGAGUUUCGACUCGGGUCAACUAUUGUACUUGUGUUUGAAGCCCCCACAAACGCUACUUGGUGUGUCACCCCUGGUGUUCGUGUUCGAAUGGGCGAGGCACUUUUACGGACAUAAUCUGGAACUUUUUAACUAUUCGUUUUUUUUUUCCAGAUAAUCGUGCGUGCUUUCCACCAGUGACCGCAUGACUUUUUGUGGCUGUAUCUAAAUCGUUUCUAAAAUCACUUAUGCGCCUUACUUUCUAUAGUAUUCAAGUAAGCUGAAUCCAUCAAUGUUUUUGCUUUUUCCUGUUUU